UUUUUCACAGCAAGAGUUGCGUUUUUCGUUACAAAAAUGAAUGAGGCAAAAGUCUUCGCUGAACACAAUGAUCUUGACCAUGAGAAAAACAUGCAUGCUCUGCUUGUAAUAAACAAGAGGGGUGUAGAUUGAAAUUCAGUAGUCCGCAUUACAGUUUGCAGAUCUUCCCAUGGCCUUGGGUUGAAUUGCGAAACGUUAAAUAAAGCUGCCCACACGGAAUGCGUAUCUAAAGAACAUCUUGUCUGCAUUUUUGCUCGCAUUCAGGGUCCCUGCUGCCUGGAUCAUUUAAAAAGGCCGCUGAGGCUCUCGCUUGUUAGCACUGCAGAAGGGCACGGCGAGAGCCCAGGAGCACUUCAGGGGUGUGUAAAGCAGGAGAAGAGUUUCGUGGAGUCACAGCACGACGACGACCUACAUCUACCCUGCCCAGUGUAGAGUCCGUCCAUCACUGUUGACGGCGUCCUGCUGAGCAGCUGGACCAGAUCGGCUGAAGGACCGACGGGAGCAGUCUCUUUCCUGUUGCACUUGCUCGCUCGGUGCGACCUGCAACUUCUCUGGAUUCGCCAAAGUGUUUAGCAGGUUCAUUGAUUGUGAAAAUUCCAAGCAAUGGAUGGGGACAAGGCAGCUGCUUCAGAGAGGAUUUUGCUGGAGCCAUACAGAUACUUACUGCAGCUGCCAGGGAAGCAAGUUAGGACCAAGCUAUCGCAAGCCUUUAACCACUGGCUCAAUGUCCCGGACGAUAAGCUGCAGGUGAUCAUCGAGGUGACGGAGAUGCUGCACAAUGCCAGCCUGCUCAUCGAUGACAUCGAGGACAACUCCAAGCUGCGGCGUGGCUUCCCUGUGGCCCACAGCAUCUAUGGCAUCCCAUCCGUUAUCAACUCCGCCAACUACGUGUACUUCCUGGGGCUGGAGAAGGUGCUGACGCUGGAGCACCCGGAGGCCGUGCAGGUCUUCACCCGCCAGCUGCUGGAGCUGCACCGCGGCCAGGGCCUGGAGAUCUACUGGAGGGACACCUACACCUGCCCCACGGAGCAGGAAUACCAGCAGAUGGUGCUGCAGAAGACCGGCGGGCUCUUCGGUUUGGCCGUGGGGCUGAUGCAGCUCUUUUCCAGCUACCAGCGCGACCUCAAGCCCCUGCUGAACACCAUGGGCCUGUUCUUCCAGAUCCUCGAUGACUACGCCAACCUGAGGUCCAAGGUGUACAGCGAGAACAAGAGCUUCUGUGAGGACCUGACCGAGGGCAAGUUCUCCUUCCCCAUCAUCCACGCCAUCUGGUCGCACCCCGAGAGCACGCAGGUGCAGAACAUCCUGCGGCAGCGCACCGAGAAUGUGGACAUCAAGCGCUACUGCGUGGACUACAUGGAGAAGGUGGGCUCCUUCGCCUACACGCGGCAGACGCUCCAGAACCUGGAGGCCGAGGCAUACCGGCUCAUCCAGGACUUGGGGGGCAACCUGGAGCUGACGGCCCUAGUGGAACAGCUGAGCAAGACCUACAAGGAGACCUGAGAAGUCCUGCCUGGCCUCCCUCACCUGACCUGACAGUGCUCUGGCCUUGCCUGACCUCCCAAGCACUUCCCCCAGGGCUGUGCACGAAGGACCUGCCUGGGAAACGGCAGCGUUGACUCACUCGACUUUUAGCAGGAAUGAUGUCCGAGACUCACACAGAGCGGCCUUAUGCGUUUUUUUUUAUGUAUUGUAAAAUAAAAUAUUUUCUUCCCACUGUGAUGUCACCUGGCUACGGCAUGCUUUUUCAUCUCCAUUUCAGUAUUGCUAUGGUGUUACAGGGACCUCAAGCAUUCAUUAGAGGCAGUGGGCCAUAAAGGAUGAGAAAUUUCACUACUGUAGAUUCUAAUUUUAAAGCAGCUCGUGAUGUUCGUGGCAGCAGCAUCAUACGGCUUAAAUUUUCCAUUUUAAACUGUGCCAUUGGAUUAUACAGUAUAUCUUGUUGAUGUGACCUCCUGUAACGCUGGUUUCCUGUAAAUAUAUACUACAAGUGUUCUUCACACCCGUUACAGAAUUUAAGAUGUGAAGUUCAUUUAUAGACGGUGCUGUGCUGAAAGCAAUAUUGGGGAGCUCUCAAUCUUUGGUUGCCCGACUCUGGGGCAUCUGUGAGGUAAAGGCUUCUGCUGAUCAUGUCGGUUUGAAAUGAUCAGUACUAGCGAGAAUAAAAUGUCUGCCAUAGCUGAUCAGCAUCUGUUUGCUUUUUUAGGAAAGCGUGCAGGAGUGUGGAGUAUGGGACCAGAUUUCCUGAAAGAUUAGCACAAAAAGUUGAAGCGCAUACUAGCGAACAACAGAAGACACAGCUCCCUCUUUCGUUUGCAAAGGCAUCAGAAGAGCUGAUAGGCUGUCAAGGCUUUCUGCUGUCAGCCCUUCUUCACAUAACAGUCAGGAAGGCAGACAGCCAAGAAAAAAAAUCAUUUUCCCUGCAUCUUAACUGAAGACAUAUGCUGUAGUUUCUAACUGAGUAGAAAGCUGUCAGCGAAAAGGGUAAUGAGUGUAUUUGGGGCAAAAUUGUUCCAGAUACUGUCAAAUCUAUAUUUUAUCCAAAACUCUAGAGUACGGUGAAGCAUGCAUUUUGUAUUCCACACUCCUCAUUCCACAUUGCUCCUAAAUAGAGGUUUUAAGAAAACCGUGUGGUCAUCUAUUAAGUAACGAUAUUGCAUUGCACUGCCCAGCAUUGAAUUAAAUUUAUGGAAGAGUGACUGCUUCCAAAGGUUGAUCCUUAAAUGGUGAGAUUUCCCAGACUCCACUGGGCUUUCCUUGAAUAAAACCGUUUGAGGGUCUUGUCUGGUGUGAAUAUGUGCUGGACUCUGCCAUAGCCUUGCCUUUUUUGUAAAGGAGUCUGCUGUCCAGUGGUUUCUGGUGGGGCAGUCCGCUGAGAGUCCCAGACCAGCACAGCUGUGGUCUUUAAAGCUGACCUCCAGCAUGCUGCAGGGCAUUAAGGGAAGCACUGUCUUCUCUGGCACUUGUGAUUCAGAAAGCGCUGCACUCAUCUCCAGGCUAUUAUAAAACCCUGAGAGCCAAUAUUAAAUGGCGCUUGUGCUGUCUGAUUAUGUAACGUCCUCCAUAGCUUCUGAGCCGCCUGAAAGGGCUUUCCAUGGACUCGUAUGCCUUGCAGCUGCUGUUUUUUAUGAUGUUGGUGUAUUGUACAGGAUGGGCAGAGGAGCUGGGGGCUGAUGGAAAUUGUUUUAACAGUGCAAGUGAACAGCAAGAUGGUGGACAUCCAGCUAGUUUCUUUCGUGUUUUCCCAAUCUUUGAAUUCAGCAGGGAGGCAGUGAUACACAGGAACUUGAGUUUAUUUUCAGUUCAAAUGAGAAUUGGCCGUGCUUUUUUUUUAUUUAUAUUUCAUAGCGCACUGAGGAUAGCGCUGGGAAGAAGAGGCCAAUGUCAAGUGAAAAGGGUGAUGACGUUUGUGAGUGGAGGGUGUGUCUGAGGGACUAUUUACUUGUUUAUAUUCAUUUCAGACUUGGAAAAAGACAUGCUUCUGGGAUGUUUUUGACUUUUGAGGGAACAAAAACAAAAAAAAAUAAAGUUGUGGAAAAAUGG